ACGGAAGCUCAUUCUUAACGGCGUGUUGGUUACCACAACGUUGGGAAGUAGAGAGUUUUGGUUGUUAGUACAUUGUCACAGUAGCCUACAGUAAGAUACAGUGACGGGGUUGUCUUCAUUAACAUUCUGGGCAAGAUACAAAUUGACAUCAAGUUUAACGUGAAGGGUUGGUUAUCCGCGAGCAGGUCAAGCUGCCUGUGUUACAGGCAUUACGCCAGGCUAUGUACAACCAAAAGCCAGUUGUGAAGAAAAAAACAGAAACAAUUGUCAAAAGGUAGACUCUUGGGCGUAUCGUGUGGUGAAUCACGAUAAAGUAAAAUACUCGGCUAGCUGCUAUUUGCAGAUUAUGUGAGAGGGGAACUCGCCCCGCUAAUGCGUUCCGGAGUAAGAAUGUGUGGCAAGGGCAUGGCAUGCCAGUUGGGGCUUUACAACAGACAGUCCUGUAAAGACAAGUUCAGGGAUGAGUCGAGGAGAGAUAACAGCAAACAGUGGUACAAGUGCGGAAAGCAGCAAGGAUGUCGGGGGAAAAGGACCUGGGCACACGGAUAUCCCGAGCCACGCAGACUGAAUCGACGAAGACCACGUCCAUCAGGUACUGUCUUGCGCCCUGUAAACAUAAAAGGAAACAGGGCACCAGGCAUGAGAGCACCAAGAAAUACCAACCAGUUUCUUAUGCACGAAAAGUAUCAGAUGAUGCAUAUGCGAUCAGAUUCUGUGGGAACGGACAGUGGAUCGGACUGUGAGAUGGAUUUUGCAGAUAUGGACUCUUAUCUUGGUGUUUUGGAGAACGCUAGAGGCGCUCUGUUGGACAGUCUUGAGCUAUCUACAAAGCCAUCAGCUUUAUUUUGUCCUCAACAAUUGGCCAAGUGUCAAGCAUAUCCCUUCUUCGGCUUCGCUGAGGUUGAUCAAGAGGAAAGUAUGCAGUAUUAUCCAUCUGAAGAUGACGUUAAUCAAAGUGAAGAUUUCAUGCAAAAAGACUUCAAUGACUUUUGUAGCACUGUUACUCCACUUGUGUAACCUGUUAACCGUUAAUGCAAAUUUGCGUUCAUGACAGAUUUUUGGAUAAUUUAUGUUAAUGCUUCAUUUGACAGUCCAAACAUUAACCUCCACAUUCAGUUUUUUUUUCCUGUAGGCCUACAUGAAUUUGCCAAUGAUGUUCUGUUUUGACGGGCGUUGGGGUAGGAGUGUGACUACCAGCCAAUCACAUUUCAGCUUGUCCGAUGGCAACACUUCUUGUUUUCAAGUUGCCCUGUGCAAACGGUAUUGGAAAAUAAAUUCAUUCUGUUGUUA